AAAAAAGAAAAGGCCGGAAAAGAAAGUUUAUUGGGCCACAAAGUGAGCCCAUUAAGUAUUUAAUAUCAGAAACCCUAGUGUACGCUUAUAAAAAGCAUUUUAGGUUUGUUGUGCUGUUUUACGGAGUCGCUUUUGAGAGAUCUUACGAAGAAGCAAAAAUGGCGGUCCCGUUGCUUACCAAGAAGGUCGUGAAGAAGAGGUCUGCUAAGUUCAUCAGACCCCAGAGCGACCGCAGAAUCACCGUCAAGGAAAGCUGGAGGAGGCCAAAGGGUAUUGAUUCAAGGGUGAGAAGAAAGUUCAAAGGUGUGACUUUGAUGCCCAAUGUUGGUUACGGAUCUGACAAGAAGACUCGUCACUAUCUUCCCAAUGGAUUCAAGAAAUUCGUUGUUCACAACACAAGUGAGCUCGAGUUGUUGAUGAUGCACAACAGGACUUACUGUGCAGAGAUUGCUCACAACGUCUCCACUAAGAAGAGGAAGUCAAUUGUUGAGAGAGCUUCUCAGCUAGACAUUGUUGUUACCAACAGGCUUGCUAGGCUCCGUAGCCAAGAAGACGAGUGAAGAAGAACCAAGCCUACUACUUGAGAUAUUUAGUUGUUUCUUCUGUUUUGUUGCAAUUUUCCUUUUUGUUAUAAGACGAUUUUUGAUUACUGCUGUGUUUGUGUUUGGAGUGAACAAACAUGAGUUUUGGUUUUAGUAUGAAACAGAUCAAGUUAAGACCUUUGGUUAAAACUAUUUCAGAUUCAUUA